GUCUAUUGGAGAAAGAAUGAAAGGUACCCGCCACCAGAAGCUCCAGGCCGAUCUCGUGGUCCUGAGACUCCGAAGCAGACCUAGGCGGGGAUUCACCCGCUGAUUGCCAAGUUUGCGGGGAGUGGGAAACAGGAGCUGGGACAUGGACAGCCGCUUGCAGGAGAUUCGGGAGAGGCAGAAGCUACGGCGACAGCUCCUUGCCCAGCAGUUGGGUGCCGAAAGUGCUGACAGCAUUGGUGCUGUGUUAAAUAGCAAAGAUGAGCAGAGAGAAAUUGCUGAAACAAGAGAAACUUGCAGAGCAUCCUAUGACACCUCUGCUCCAAAUGCCAAACGUAAGUAUCAGGAUGAAGGUGACACAGAUGAAGACAAGGUGGAAGAAUACAAGGAUGAACUAGAAAUGCAACAGGAGGAAGAGAAUUUGCCAUAUGAAGAAGAGAUUUAUAAAGAUUCUAGUACUUUUCUUAAGGGAACACAAAGUUUAAACCCCCAUAAUGAUUACUGCCAACAUUUUGUAGAUACUGGACAUAGACCGCAAAAUUUCAUCAGGGAUGUAGGUUUGGCUGACAGAUUUGAAGAGUACCCUAAGCUAAGGGAGCUCAUCAGGCUGAAGGAUGAGUUAAUAGCGAAAUCUAACACUCCUCCUAUGUACUUACAAGCAGAUAUAGAAGCCUUUGACAUCAGAGAACUAACACCCAAAUUUGAUGUGAUUCUCCUGGAACCCCCUUUAGAAGAGUAUUACAGAGAGACUGGUAUCACUGCCAAUGAGAAAUGCUGGACUUGGGAUGAUAUUAUGAAGUUAGAAAUUGAUGAGAUUGCAGCACCUCGAUCAUUUAUUUUUCUCUGGUGUGGUUCCGGGGAGGGAUUGGACCUUGGGAGAGUGUGUUUACGCAAGUGGGGUUAUAGAAGAUGUGAAGAUAUUUGUUGGAUUAAAACCAAUAAAAACAAUCCUGGGAAGACCAAGACUUUAGAUCCAAAGGCAGUCUUCCAGAGAACAAAGGAACACUGCCUCAUGGGGAUCAAAGGGACUGUCAAGCGCAGCACCGACGGCGACUUCAUCCACGCCAACGUCGACAUCGACCUGAUAAUCACAGAAGAGCCUGAAAUUGGCAACAUAGAGAAGCCUGUAGAGAUUUUUCACAUCAUUGAACAUUUUUGUCUUGGUAGAAGACGCCUUCAUUUAUUUGGAAGAGACAGCACAAUCCGACCAGGCUGGCUUACGGUGGGACCGACCCUGACAAACAGCAACUACAAUGCAGAGACGUACGCCUCCUACUUCAGCGCCCCGAACUCCUACCUGACGGGCUGCACAGAAGAAAUCGAGAGGCUGCGACCCAAAUCGCCCCCUCCCAAGUCUAAGUCGGAUCGGGGCGGUGGGGCUCCCCGGGGUGGGGGGAGAGGGGGCACUUCCGCUGGUCGGGGACGGGAAAGAAAUCGAUCGAACUUCCGGGGAGAAAGAGGUGGCUUUCGGGGGGGUCGCGGAGGAGCACACAGAGGUGGCUUUCCACCUCGGUAAGUGACGCCGAGUCCGUGUCCCUCCUCCCUCUGGACUGCCUGGAACUGCAGACGGGACACCUCGUUCAGUGCUGGGGUUCAGCUCGCACGUAGCUGUGGGACUGUCUCUGCCACACGCACUGGCUAGUUUGGUCCAGGAUGCGUGUGUCGUCCUCCCUUUGUCAUGUGCAUGUAACCAAACAAUGGAACACAGAUGCCUUCACUUCCAGAGACUGAAUUUGUUCUCAUAGAUUCCAGCUAAUUACAAGGCUUUUGCUUUUUGGAAAUAGUUGACGGAAACAGUGGGAAAGCCCAACCUGUGCCACUGCUGUCACAGCCGAUGGGAAGCUGUUCGGGAGCCUUGACAGAGUGGAGUUGGGCCAGAUGGUAACUUUCUGGGGGGGGGGCUGUAACAUGUUCUUCAUGAAACAAAAAAGACUUAAAAAAAAAAUCUUAAACAAAUUUAGAUAGAAUUUGACUACAGAAGAAAUUGGGAGAUGUUGAACAAAAUCCCCUCCUCCCAAAUCAGAACCUGUUGGGGAAGUGCGGGGCGGGAUCCAGUGCUACAAGUCCGCUGUGGACUAGUGUAAUUGGAGGUCUAGUGUAAUUGGAGAUUCCUUAGCAGAGUGAAGGCGGGCGGCCACAGCACAGACCCCUGGUGACCAGGCGCCUGCUUUAAACGUUUGCGGGAUUCAGUUCUUGGUGAUGAGGAAAGGACACAUCUUCACACUUGUUACAGAGAAAACUUCAUGUAAAACCCGUUGCAGAAAACCCUGAACUUAAGAACACAGCUUGGAAAAUGGAACAGAGUUGCCUUUUUUUUUAAAACUGUGUGUUUUUAAGGGACUCACUUUGCAGAUCAGUUCGUUGGAUAAGACUUUAAUGCUGUCAUUCCUCUGUCUAUGUUGUAACUUGUGUUUUAAAUGAAUCUGAUAAAUGAAAUACCGUUACUGUUCUUGAUAAA